CAUACAUUUCUUUGCAGUCUCAUCCGUGAAGAAACGUGCAGGAUGUAUGUCAAGUGUAUGGUGAUUGAUGGGUUUAAAAGUUACGGGCAGCGGACGGAAAUAAAUGGCUUUGAUCCGCUGUUCAACGCCAUCACAGGACUCAAUGGAUCUGGAAAAUCAAAUAUUUUAGAUGCAAUAUGCUUCUUGUUGGGCAUCACAAAUCUCAGCCAGGUUCGUGCUACAAACUUACAAGAACUCGUUUAUAAAAAUGGACAAGCAGGUGUAACCAAGGCCACAGUCACCGUUACCUUUGACAACACGGAUAAGAAGCAGAGUCCCAUAGGUUACGACCACUACGAUGAAGUCACCAUCACCCGUCAGAUCCUGGCAAUGAUUGAAGAAGCUGCAGGCACUCGCAUGUAUGAGUCAAAGAAACAGCAAGCUCAGAAGACUAUAGAGAAGAAAGAUGCUAAAACUGAAGGAGAUAAAUGA